CACCCCGCUGGAGUCUAGGGGAGAGCGAGAGAAAGAAAGGCGAACGGCAUAAACAGCGCAAAAACAGCAGGUUUUACACCGUAAAGACGCUUGUGACAGAAGCGGGAGGAUACUGAGUGUGCAACAUCAGCGAGUGCCAUCCUCCCGUCUCUCCCCUAGUUCUCUCCUGCAUGCAGACACGGCCGUCCACUUGUGCCUCAUCCAAAGUCUCAUCAGCAUUUACACCGAAGUAAGCUGCAUUCAUUUACCAAAGAAAAAGAGUAAGUAACUGCAAAGAUAACCUACAUAGUGCCACCUCUUGAGCAUAAGAAGCAUCUUGUUUGAUGUGAUACCAGCAUCUCCACAUUUCAGAAGAAAAAAAAAAAUAAGAUCCAUAUUUCACCAUGGCCUCCAUCACCAAAUCAUCUGACCUCGAGAUUCCAGACAACCACAAAGAAAGUUGGCUGGCGCUCCUUGCCGCGGCCGAAGCCUACUGCCAGAAAUCCGGCUGUGACCUGGCCAUACUGACCGCCUGUAAAAAGUUCCUUCCCUCGGGUGUGGAGGGGGACGGAGUGAAGAAGCAUGAAGGGGGUGGAGUCGUGCCCCAUGGAGGCCGUAAGUGGGAUUACUCAUAUCAUGUGUGGGGUCAGGGUGCACUGGCUGAAUCCUCACGGCGGUACAUGGACGACAUCGCUGUCCUUCACUCCACCACGGUGCUCACGGCCCACAGACACACCCGCCUCAGCUCUGGAGAUGGAGGAUCCAAGCUAGGUGUGGACAUGCCCUCUGAUAGGCCGACCAUGAUUGGGGACUCAGGUUCCGUAAGCCCCAGUGCAAGGCUUUAUUCUCAGAAUUACCCAUCGAUCUACAGCCAAGCCUCAGGGAUCGGCCAGCCUGUGGUUCAGCUUGGCAACGGAGAGGGAGAACGAGUGGCUCUGGAGGAGGCGGAGAGAGCAAGGGAGAGGGCAGGCAUCGUGGAUCUGGAGGAAGAUGAGGAGGAAGGGGAGGAAGAUGAAAUGGACGGACGGAGACAUAAUCUGAAUGAAUCGACAGGUGUGUUCUCCAUGGAUGAGGAUUCUCUCUCCCGUGACUGUGAACCUUUCUUUGAGUCUGAUGGAGAAGAGGAGAGCACUGAUGGUUCUCUGAGUGAAGAAGCCCCGCCCCCUCCACGGGGAUUGGCGAUGGGUCACGCUGCGUUCUCAUCUCGCCCACCUCACCCCAUGGCCCUGGCUCGCUCGCUGCCUGUCUCUGUGCCUGUUUGGGGCUACAGGAGCAGCCGCACCCCGCAGGGAGAACCGCACAGCGGAGAACGGGUUGGCGUUGCGGAUUUGGAUCACAUAGCUGCUAGUAUGAAGGCCCUGCUCGCUCCUGCUGCCACAGACGGCACAGAAAUGUUCGGAGCUCUGCCACGACCUCGGCUCAACACGGGCGACUUCUCUCUCAAACACUGAGAGACCAGCAUAUGUAGGGGUGUGUGUGUUUGUCUGUGUGAGAGAGAGAACGAGAGUGAGAGAACGAGAGUGAGAUUUAGAGUGAGUGAAGGAAAGAGAGAGAGAGAGAAAGUAAGUAAGAAUGUUCACCUGCAAAAGUAAGCUCAGGAGUGAAGAAGGGUUUUGAAUGACACUGAUACAGAUGUAAAUAAGGUGCCGAACCCAAACCUCCAUUUCUUUUUAUUAUAAUUUUUUUUGAUCUCUUUUUGCCUCUCAGAGGAUUUGACGUUAAAAGUGGCAGAUUCUUUACUUAACUUUUCUCUUGUUUGUUUAACUAAUCAGAAGGAAAGCUGAAGUUAAGCUUGUUGUUUUGCUUUAUGGUCCUCGCACCAGCAGUCUGCAAAAGCAGGAUUUUUUUUCUUUUAGCCAGAUAACUUGUGCCAGAAGUGAGGAUUCUGCAGUCGCAUUUAACCUGACCUUGACCUUUUAGCACCAGUUAUCUAGCUAAAUGAAGUAUAUCCUGCUUUGUACACCUGCCUUAUCUUUACUUUGAAACCCUGACAGUGUUUGCGUUCCUCUGGUUCCUGAAAGAAGCACUGGUGCUGAUACAGGAUCAGCCUUUGCUUUGUAAAACCUAUUGAAUGUAAUUGUGUGGACUCAGAGGAGCUGAUCCUGCAUCAGUAGCUUCUGUUAAAUUUGAGGAAGAUCGUCUGUUGUCUGCAGGCUCUUCCUUCUGUCAUCUGUAUAUUUCUUAUAUAUUUUUUACCUCUACAAAAUUACAGCUGCUUAGGAAGUGCAAGCAUUCCAAAACAAUUUCUCUUAACAUGCAACAUAGAGACAUGGCAAACAUAUGAUAUAAUAUCAUAAUACUUGAAGAUACUCUUAGAAUACACUAUACAUUUCAUAAUGUUUUUGAUUUAAUAAGCUAGAAAAGACAAAAAGCCUCAGUUUUGGAACAUUUAGGCCCAGUUACGUUUUUUCUUUUGUACCCAUACCUCUUGCUUUUGAGUGUACCCUUUCCCCUUGAAACAGAGUGAAAGAAGGGGAAGGAGUGAAGUUCUUCCCCCAAAAAAUUGGAACAACCAUUCAAGCACCUGACACAGAUAUAGCUAUAGCAGUUGACCACUAAAGUUCAGCAACCUAGCUGCUUCUUUACUAGUUAACUUAAGAGCAUUGUAUGUCUUAAAAAGAGGGCAGGCUGUGCAGCAAUUAUUUGUUAUUGUCCAUUCCUUAGUUCCUCUGUGAUUAAGAGCUGAAAUGAGCUUUUGAUUAGCUUUUAUUUUUUCUGUUCUACCUUAAAUGCUGCACUAUUUGAGGCAGAAGUGAUUUUUUUUAUGCUUGUUAUGAAGACAAUGGCCAUAAACCAUUGAAACUACAUAUUAAACUGUGGUGAUAUUGGUUACUGUAAUUUUAGCAAGGAAAAUACUUAAAUUUGUGUGUUUCUUUGAUCGCUUGUGCCACCAUCUUGCCAGUGAUUCUCAUAGGCCUCUGUUUUGAGUGUGCCUCUGAAAAAACUCAGUUUGGGUCAUGGGACAUAUAGUCCUAAAACAUCCCCUAACCUAGCCCUCCAGCCUAACAAUAAUCGGAACACAGGGGGUAGGACUAAGUGGUAGGGCCAAGAGGUAAAAUGGGAUUGGGCCUAAGUGUAUACCCAUCAGCCAUAACAUUAAAACCACUGGCGGCUAAAGUGAAUAACAUUUGGCGAACUGAUUCCAAUGGCCCCAGACAAGCGUUGGAUAUGUUAGGCAGCAAGUGAACAGUCAGCCCUGUGAUUGCGUCACUAGGUGACCUACACAGGAUUAGGCAAGCGGCAAGUGGGUUUAAUGAUAUGCUUGUGUGUCAUAUCCUCCAAAAUUGUGGCUACACCUAAAACACACUACCGUAUUAAAUACAUAUUAUAUACUGAACACUAAUAAUAUAAUCUCAAUUACAAAUUAUAGAACACAUAAUAAAAACAACUGAAUGUUAUUUUUUAAUGUAUUAAAUUCAAUUCAGAACAUUUUGAAACAUAAUCUGUUUUCAGUGUCCUGAUCUAACACACUACCCUUUUUUUUUUUUUUUACACAAUUUGAGUCACAGCAAUAUUGACAUAAUACUUUAGUAGUAAAUGAGUCAAAUACAAUAGUCUUCAAAUCUAGACCUUGAAUUCAGUUUCUAAUCCUGGACUUUUUGAUACUAGGUAGGUGUGACACUGUACUUUUAACUUCCAGUGAUUGCGAAAUCCAAGACUGUAACCUUGAUUCAGGAUCCAGGUUUAAUUAUCUAGAAUCUAUCAAAUUCUGUUUACUAAGUCCAACUAUUAUCAGGUCUAAUUAUGCUCUCUCUUAGUGCAAACUGCAGUUUUUGUCCUAUAAGGACUGCAUUUACAUCCAAAAAAAAGCAUAUUAAUAUAGAAUUAGUCACAAUAACAGCAAAAUAUUUUCUUGUGGCUGAGUUUUCCUAUUAAAAAGACAACAAAAAAGCAAUGCAGAAAUUAGAGAGUGUAAUAAUGGGCAGCUGCAUAAAGUUCUUAAGUACAUUAUUCUGAAGCCUUUUCCGUUAUUUCAGUACUGCCAGUGUGUACUGGUGGUCAUUUUUACCUGAGUGCCAACAACUUGUUUUCCGUUCUGUUUACUGCAGCAUGUUCAUACCAACAGUCAUGGUUAAGUUGCUACCGGCUGAACUGAUAAUGAAGUGCUUGACGUGCCUGCUUGUAGACUCUUCUGUUUACACACUGAUUUCAUCACUGUCGCACAAAACCCUGUCAUUUUCACUUUUUUGACAUAUUGUGAAUCUGGCAGUUGUUCUUUUAUAUUGUGUAAGAAUGUCAUGCUAUAUGGACCAAUAGAAAUGUUCCAAAAUGACUUGGAUAAGAAUAUUGUUUUUAUUGAAUUCCACUAAAAGUAAAAAGAAGUUACUGUUUUACGAAAUAUGUGGCAUUUCCUGGGACACAAUGGUAUACAGUAUGGGAGUAAAAUACAGUGUGUAAUGCUUAAACACAGAAAUCUUUAAUUCCUUAUUUUUGGUACGAAUUAUGUUCAUAUAUAUAAAACUUCUAUAAAAUCAUGCAUUUUAUGAUCACAACUUUACAGGCGAGGGGAAAAAAAACACCUACUUUCAGUGAAUGUCAAUGUUGAAAGAUUUUAUUCCAAGUCAUUUCAGAACAUUGAUCCUUUGGUUAUGAAAUUCUGAAAUCAUAUAAAGAACUGCCAUAUUUACAUUACCAUAUUUUUUGGACGUCGCACCGGAUUUUAGGCACAUUUUAAAGGACACUGUAAAGACCUUCUGAUUCAGCAGGUCUCGCCACUGUGUUGUGGGGGAGCUCGCUAAGUUUAAUAAAGCUAAGCUAAGUAAACAAAACUGUAAUAAAAGAGGACUUUCUUUUAAAGUAAAACAAGCACUGGAUGUUAAUCUUUGCCCUCCUGAAAACUGUUUUUAUUUGGGUGAGUAAAGUGCCUCCGUUUAUUUACAGUAAGCUUAGAUUCACAAAUUUCAUGGAGCAUUAGCGGCUAACGGCUCCCGACAGCGCUACACUGAAGAAAACUGAGUGUGCUGGAAAGCCAGGGCGAUAUUAGCUAGUGGUUCUUCCCUGCAUAGCUUGUUUUAACUCUGUAAAUGAGCAGGCUACAGUCUGAUAUACUCACCUCUGAACAACGAAAGACUUAGCGUUUAGUGCAGUUAGCGGGUAACGCUAAUACUGCUAUAGUCUCGGUGCUGGAGAACUAAAGCUAAUGCUGCUCCAGCUGUGCUAGCCGAUGUUAGCAGCAGGCUACAGGCCGAUAAUACUCGUCUCUGAACGUCUAAAGAGCUAGUGCUUAGCGGGUAAUGCUAAUACUGUUUUCAGACUCCUGUAUAACGCUGUGCUUCAGCAGAGUAUCUUUCCUGCUCCUUACAACCUGACUGGUAGAAUUCAUACAUAAGGUGCACCUCAUUAAAAGGCGCACUGACAAAUUUUGGGAAAUUUAUUUUAAGAUUUUAAGUGUGCCUUAAAGUGCGAAAAAUACGAUAUGUCAAAAUUAAAUAUUUUUUUUUCUUCAUAUACACAAAAGUAAGGAAAUUCGUCUAUUUGGGUAGAUUUUUUUUCUUUGUUGUGUCAAUGCUUCUUGGCAGUGAAUCUUAUAGCAUUGGAAAGCCUGUUAAUUUCACCUUUAAAUGGUGCCACGUUUGUAGAAUGAGCAAUGUAGCUAAGUGUGUUAGUUGGGCCCAUGGAAAAAUUGCCAAGUCUUCUCUGCCAAUGCAAAUGAGCUUAUUUUGCCAUUGACUAGUUUAGUGUCUUCUUUGGGGUGUGGUCUUUUUGGGAUGCCCACUUUGCUGACUGUCUCUGACAUCCAUCCUUAUAUGGAACUUAGCUUAGAUACUGGUUCAAGGGCUCAUUCCAAAUAAUGCUGCAACUUGGUUUUGCAGAACUCCAGCUUGAAGUUACCCUAUCCAGAUAAAUCAAACUUGGCAUGAUGCUGAGUUUUUGAGCAGACACCUACUGACCACUGUAGCGAAGCCCAUGAAUACCAACAGCAAAAUACGUUUUUUGGCAUUAGCAGAACUUUUUGGGCAAAUUUUUAAUGGGCGAAACCCACAUACUCAGCUCUACUGCUCAUCCCACAAAUACAUGUUUCUUACAAAUGUAGCACCAUUUAAAAGAGUAAUAAACAUGCUUUCCAGCCAUAUAAAAUGUACUGCUGGGAAGCAUUGUUACAAUAAACACAAAUUUCCUUACAUUUUGUCCUAUAUUUGAUUAUAUUAAAAUCAGCUUCAAAAUUAUGUGUAGCAUUGUUUCAUCAGUCAGGAUUUUUCAGUUAACCCAAGUCAUAACAUUUAACAUUAAAUAUUCAAAGAGUGAAGAGUUGUGUAUAUGGCAAAUGCUUUUCGUUGACACUAUACAAGUGUGUGGAUCAUUUGCACAUAAUAAAUUGAUACACACUGAACACAUCAAUAUAAUUGUUGCCAAAAUUACACUAAUUGUGUUGAUGUGUUUAAUUCAUGUGCACAUUUCAGUUGUGUAACGUUAGUAUGUUAUUUAUUUUUUUUGUUAGUAUUUUUCUCAGUGCAGCUUCACCUUUCAGGCUUCUGCUGGUGUGAGGGCCAUAAAUACUGUGAUAAAGCAACACUAACCCAGCCAGCGUGCACCACCUCGUCACUGAGCACCAGCCUGCUGCUGUAGCUGGUUGUGUGUAUGUAUGUGUAUGUGUGUGUGUGUGUGUGUGUGUGUGUGUGCCUGCUGAGUGUGUGUGAGAAGUUAUGUGCAAACCUAGAUAGACUGACACAGACACACGAUGUGCCUGAAUGAGUAAGAGCAUUUCAUGAGCGAUAGUAAACACUAUAUUCUUGAAACUGUACACUACAUUUCUGACACAGGGCUGGACGCUGACCAUAUAACUGAUUAAAGGAUUUCAGCACUGUUCAGCUUGACCUUUGUUUGCGUUGUCUCUAUAGUACGGUCAGUUACCACAGACAGUCAUUUACGUUCAUGUCUCUGUGUUAAAUAAUAAAGAAAGGCAUUGACAUGCUAACUUGCGAAAUGGAGCAUUCUAGCUAACUUUCAUGACAGCUACAGACCUCAUCUAACAUUGCAACUGCAGCGUUAGCACGCUGGCUACUGGCCUCAUCCCAGAUCUUUACCAGUACCGUUAGCACGCUGGCUACCGGCCUCAUGCCACACCACUAUUGCAGCAUUAGCGUGCAGGCUACCAGCAUGCUGCAACACUAAAGGCCCAUAUAACCAACUUCAUUAAGCCCUCCCACCUAACAAUUCUGUGCCCCCCAGUGCCGUACAGUUAUCUAGCCAAGCUGUAAAAGUUCCAUGCCAAAUUGUGUACGUGUGAUAUAGCCACCAGAACGGUUACAACCCAAGUGGCCUUUCACUCAAAAAUUCACUUAGAAUAGUACCCGAUGGGCAGUUGAUAAAAUUCUGUGAAUGAUACUCUCAAACUUUGGUGUUUUACCAAAGUUGCCAACAUAAUAUACCAUUCUGGAAAAAUUAAGAGAUACUUCAGUUUCUGAAUCAGUUUCUCUGAUUUUUCUAUUUAAAGGUAUAUGUUAUGAUUAUGAUUAUAUUCUAGAGGUUUUUAAUUGGGUAAAAAUCCUCAAAAAAUUGCAUGACUGACAGCUGUCCGUCACAGGUAAACGAACGUUUGGUUACAUCACUGUGGCAGCGGUCGCAUUCUAAGAUGAAGAAAGUGGCCAGUUUCAGGCUAUACCUUUUCUAGCUUUUUCAGCCUCAUAUUGCUAGAUCGAGUUGCUCAGACUAGAAGAGUGGGCGGAGCUAUGUUAGCCUGUGUGAUUGGUCAGUUUUGCUGACGUCAGCCUGACCCACUUUUACAUCUGCCCAUUCUACAUCCAGAGGAAAGUGAUAUUGGUGAAGUACAGAAGAGAUGUAUAAUAUUUUGGGAAGAUAUUAAUAAGAAAUACUUUGUAUAUUUACAUGAGUAAAUCAGGUAAUCUCUUACAAAUAUAAUUCUUUAUGGAAGCAAAAGUGUUUUUUCUAUGGCAUCACUCAAAGAACCCUGUGCAUCGUUUUUUUUUUGUUUUUUUUAGAAAAAAAGAAAUGAAAUAAAUGAUUGUGAAUGGUAAUUGAUGGUAUGGUGGAUGUGGUACAGAUAGAGAUUAGGUUGAAGAUCACUAGUAUUCCCCUAAGCAAACCACUUAUUUGUGCGCGCACACACACACACUCACACACACACUCACUGAUAAGUAAUCAUACUCUUAAUACUGACACUAAAACCUAAAAUUGUGAGUCAGUGCUUUCUAAUGUGGGCUGCUCGUUUUUGUGGGCUGCUCGUUUUCAGGAGAUUAUGCUUUGAGAAUGUUGGGCCGUUGCCUCUGCAGACUAACAGUGUAGUGUUUUCAUCGAUGUACAGGUGAGAGGCGCUCGAGCAGCAGGCGCAGAAUCUCAUGAUGGUAUCUUAAUGUCAGUCAUUUCAGAUCUGUUAAGUGUUCAGGCAAAUCUGUUUUGAAUAAAUCAGUUGUUUGUGUUGA